AAGACGACCUUUUAUUUUUGAGGUUAUACUUUGGUAAUAUUCAAGUCCACAUGUCAAGUUAAAUAUUAUUUUAUUUUUGAAUUUUCAAGAUUAUUGUUCUAUAAGAAAAGCAACUAUGUUAGCUGACAAGAAAAAAAGGAAAAAGUUCAGUCCGAACCCUCAAGGAAAUAUAUGGUUUACAGAUAAAAGCAAGUUUGGACAAAAGCUAUUGGAGAAAAUGGGUUGGAAAGAAGGGCAAGGAUUAGGUGCACAAAAUCAAGGAAUCUCUGAAAGAAUAAAAGUUCCAUACAGAUUGAAUAGUUGUGCAGGUUUUGGCUUCAAGGAGCAAGAGGAUUCACUUGUUCAGCAAAAGGAAUUUGUUACUUUACUUUCUUCAAUGAAUAAUGGCACACCAGUAGAAACCAUAGACAACUCAAACGUCAGUUCAUUGGAGAACAAAUCGAAAAAGUCGAGAGCUCGUGUUCAUUAUCAUAAAUUCACGCGCGGUAAAGAUCUGAGCCGUUAUUCAUCCAAGGAUCUUGUUGGCAUCUUUGGAAUACAAGGAACCGUGAAUGAAGAAGUCUGCGACAAUGAAAAUAACGGAACUUUUGAUUCACAAAACCAUUUCAAUGAAGUGUCUCAGGAGAAUAGUCAACAGGACGGAUCAGAGUCAGAGGACCCUGACUAUGAAAAAAUCCAAAAACGAAAAUCCAAGAACAGAAAACUAGUGACUUGGGACUUGGGAAAAACUAGUGAGAAGUUGAAUAAAUUAAAGACGAAGAGGGAAAUAGUUAUGAGGGUGGAUUAGAGCAAGAAGAUACUGUGAGCCAUAAAAAGAAAUCAAAGAAGAACAAGAAGAAGAAGAAGAGGAACUUGAAAGAUUUGGAUGAAACAUCCCUGGUAAUUACCGAUACAGAUAUGGUUUGUGAAAGUCAACAAGUGAAUGCUGAUGAUGACACACUACAUACAUCUGGUACUGGACUUGCCAAAAAAUCUGGAAAACGCCUGAAAACCAGAGAGAGUGAAAACCGUCCAUCAAAUAUGGGCAGUGAAGAGCCAUAUGAAAAUGUUCAGCUAACCAAUGGCAUAGCAAAUGAUGAAAUUAGUUCAUUAGAAAAGGAACCGAAUCGUGAAUCUUUCCUCAAUGAAAAUAACGGAACUUUUGAUUCACAAAACCAUUUCAAUGAAGUGUCUCAGGAGAAUAGUCAACAGGAUGGAUCGGAGUCAGAGGACCCUCACUCUGAAAAAAUCCAAAAACAAAAAUCCAAAAAAUCCAAGAGCAGAGGUAAAGUUGAUGAGAGAUCAUUGGGAAAAACUAUUGAGAAGUUGAAUACAUCUAAAGAAGAAGAGGGAAAAGGUUAUGAGGAUGGAUUAGAGCAGGAAGAUACUGUAAGCCAUAAAAAGAAAUCAAAGAAGAAGAGGAAAUUGAAAGACUUGGAUGAAACAUCCCUGGAAAUUACCAAUACAGACAUAGUUUGUGAAAGUCAACAAGUGAAUGCUAAUGAUGACACACUACAGACAUCUGGUACUGGACUUGCAAACAAAUCUGGAAAACGCCUGAAAACCAGUGAGAGUGAAAACCGUCUAUCAAAUAUGAGCAAUGAAGAGCCAAAUGAAAAUUUUCAGCCUACCAAUGGCAUAGCAAAUGGUGAAAUUAGUUCAUUAGAAAAGGAACCUAAUCGUGAAUCUUUCCUGAAUCGAGAAAAAUAUAGGUAUUCAAACAAACGCAAUAUGAAGCCCAAUGAGAGUGGCUUCAAAGGAAGUAAUCUACCUGAAAUUGUAGGAUAUGCUUGUACUUGAGAUGAAAAUAAAUGAUCCAAUUAAUGUUAUUAA